GUAAAUUAAGAUUUUAGCGGCAAAAUAAAAACAUGUUUUCUUUUAUAGUUGCAGUAAUUUAAAAUUGUAUUUGAAAGUUAACAUGUUAACAUCGUUAAUUAGUUAAAAUAAAAACAAUCCACAAUCCAGUAUUCUUUAAAUAUGUGUGGGCGGACUGGUUUGUCUCUUAGUAAGGAACAGAUCCAGUGCGCCUGUAGCUUCAAAUCUAAAGAUUGUGAUGUAUAUCAAAAACCUGAUUGGCUUCCCGAACAUAAUGUUGGUAAAGAUUACAUUCCUUCUUACAACAUAACUCCAACUGAAGUGACACCAGUCUUAAUCUCGUCGUCUAAGUUCAAACAUAUUGCCAAAACAAAUAGGGCACUCAAGCCAAUGAUGUGGGGAAUUAUACCACCAUGGCAUAAGGGUGAUUAUAAAUCUCACAAUCUUAGUACAAACAACUGCCGCAUUGAGAACAUAAAGACAUCAAAACUGUACGGGCCAAUAUUAUCAGGUGGUGGCAGAUGUAUAAUCAUUGCAGAAGGAUUUUAUGAAUGGCAAACAACUGUGAAGAGCAAAAUCAAGCAACCAUUUUACAUAUAUGCACCACAGGAUAGUAAUGUUAAGAUUGAUGAUCCCAGUUCAUGGAACAACACCUUCACAGAGGAAGAAGGUUGGAGAGGCAUCAAGUUGCUUCACAUGGCUGGGUUGUACCACACGUGGCAAGCUGAAGGCACUAUAAUUUAUUCCUACUCUGUCAUCACUAUGGAGUCCAACAAUACGUUAGACUGGCUGCAUCAUAGGAUGCCAGCCAUUUUGGAUACUCAAGAACAAAUAGAGGCUUGGCUAGACAUUGACCAUGUUGAUGCAGAUAAGGCACUUUCAUAUCUAAAUCCUGUUAAGUUACUAACUUGGCAUCAAGUAUCAACAGUUGUGAAUAAUUCGAAAAACAAGUCUGAUAAUUGUAACAAAAGGAUUGAAAGUAAAACCACACAGAAAACUCUUAAAUCAUUCUUUACAAAGUCGGCAAAGCGAAAAUCGACUGAAGAAACGAGCGAGGGUAGUAAGAAAAUAAAAACGGAAUAA